CAAAAAAAAAAAAAACUCAGCUCACAAUCUUAAUUCUCAGCUUAUUCAUGGCGUCGAGCCUGCCAUGGCAACCUCUACUGGCUGCGAAGCCCCAAAAUCGCCCGCUCCACCGCCCUAACAAUCCAAUCCACCACCGCGUCAGCACACGCGCCUUCCGGCGCAGCGACUUCGACGGAUUCGCCAGGCGCGUGCAGUCCGGCGAGCUGUGGCGCGACGCUUGGAGGAGCGCCAACGACGGCUUCGAGCUCUUCGUCUACGAGACGCGGAAGACGGCGGAGCGGAUAGACCGGAGAUACGACGUCUCCAGGCGCGCAUCCGCCGUGGCGGAGGCCGCCGCCGACCGAGCGCGCGAGCUCGAUCGUGAAUUUGAAAUCACGCAGCGGUGGCGGACGUUUUCGCUGGAUUUUAGGAGGAAUUUGCCGAGGUACAGGAAGGAGCUCAAUGAUUUUCUCGAUACUCCAUUGGGGAGAAGUUUCGCUACACUUUUCUUUCUAUGGUUUGCCUUGUCGGGAUGGCUAUUCCGAAUUCUGAUUUUUGCUACAUGGGUGCUUCCAUUUGCUGGUCCUCUCUUAAUUGGGGCGGUGGCAAAUAAUCUAGUCAUUAAGGGUGAGUGCCCAGCUUGUAAGAAGCAAUUUGUCGGAUACAAAAGCCAAACUGUACGAUGUGCUAGCUGUGGAAAUAUUGUCUGGCAACCACAAGGUGACUUCUUCUCAAGAGGCGGUAAGGGCCCUUCCUCAUCAAAAUCAAAGUCUCAACCAGAUAUCAUCGAUGUUGAAUUCGAAGAGAAAUGAGCCAGGGCUGUGAGUUUAGCCUAGCACCCUUCAUGUGGAUAUUCUUGAAUUUGUUCUCUCUCAUAGAAACAUAGGAGAACGCAUGAUUUCCGUUUAUAACAGUUUGUGACAAUCAUUCCCCAUACCCUGAUCUUUAUUCAAGUUGGAGUCUUUUAUAGUCUUAUAAAUAUAGCUUUGUUUCCUACUUUUGCAAUGUUCAUAAAUAAGUUGAGUUCCACUAUUUUUGGUGUGACCUUUUCGAAGAAUGACCUUUUAUUCA